AUGCAGACUGAUGCCAACAUGGGAAAGAUCAUUUUUUACGAGGACAGGAACUUCCAGGGUCGCUACCAUGAGUGCAGCAGCGACUGCGCCGACCUGUACACCUACUUCAACCGAUGCAACUCCAUCCGAGUGGAGAGCGGCUGCUUCAUGGUCUACGAGAGGCCCAACUACAUGGGAAACCAGUACUACCUGCGGAGAGGGGAGUACCCUGACAACCAGCGCAUGAUCGGCAUCAAUGACGGUGUCAGGUCUUGCCGUAUGAUCCCUCAGUACCGAGGCUCCUACAGGAUGAGGCUUUACGAGCGCUUUGACAUGUCGGGCCAAAUGCACGAGCUGGUGGACGACUGUCCCAACGUCCAGGACCGGCUCAGCGCCUCCGACUUCAACUCCUGCAACGUGAUGGACGGCCACUGGCUGAUGUACGACCAGCCCAACUACAAGGGCCGAGUGUACUACCUGAGGCCUGGAGAGUACCGCCGGUACAGUGACUGGGGAGGCGUCAGCCCGAGGGUCGGAUCCAUCAGGAGGAUCACCGACUACAACUGA